AUGGCCAUCAGCCAUGUCACUCUGCAACUCACAACCAGCAGCCCUCUGAAGCCCACCAGUGUGAGCCUGAACCAGACCAUCCAGAACCAGGCCUUUCAGACCCAAUCCGUCCAGAACCAGGCCCAGGCUGUUCACACCAGGGCUGUCCAGAGCCAGGCCUUUCAGAACCAGUCUGUCCAGAGACAGGCCUUACAGACCCAAUCCGUCCAGACCCAGUCUGUCCAGAACCAGGCCUUACAGACCCAAUCCAUCCAGACCCAGUCCGUCCAGAGCCAGACCUUUCAGAACCAGCCUGUCCAGACCCAGUCCAUCCAGAACCAGGCUGGGGCGGGGGGCGGGGCCGAGCGCGAGGGAGACAGGAGGGCAGAGACGGAGACGGGAGACAGAGGCGGAGAGGAGCGCGAGCCCGGGCAGGCGGACCGAACGGGCUUCAGCUGGGCUUGCUCUCGCUCGCGCGCUCUAGCCGUUGGUCCCCACAGCGUCGCCGCCCGUGAGGCGCCGAGUCUCGGCAGCGGCGUCGGCCGGCGAGAGGCAGGGAAGCGGGCUCGCCGCAGCGGCAGCCGCCACCGCCUCGGAUACAGCCAUCCGCCCGGCGCGGCGAGUGCGGCGGGAGAGACGGGGGGGGGCGAGUCCGUUAACCCCGGGAUACCGGCCGGGUCCGAGCUGUGUGUGUGGACGGUCGGGGGGCUCGGUCCGGUUCGGCCCUGGCGUGGCCUGUUGGACUGGGAUCUGCGUUUCGGGAUUGCCGAGGGUCUCACAGCAUUAACACCCAGUCCACCGGGAGAGGAGACAGAGGAUAGGGAGUCGGAGAAAAGAGGAGUGGACAGAGCGAGGGAGGAGUGGACAGGGGACAAGGGGCCAGAGAGGAGUGGCAGUGGACAGAGGACAAGGGGCCAGAGAGGAGUGGCAGUGGACAGAGGACAAGGGGCCAGAGAGAGGAGUGGACAGAGUCAGGGAGCAGUGGACAGAGGACAAGGGGCCAGAGAGAGGAGUGGACAGAGUCAGAGAGCAGUGGACAGAGGACAAGGGGCCAGAGAGAGGAGUGGACAGAGUCAGGGAGCAGUGGACAGGGGACAAGGGGCCGGAGAGAGGAGUGGACAGAGUCAGGGAGCAGUGGACAGGGGACAAGGGGCCCGAGAGAGGACAGAGGCUGGCAGAGGAAGGUGGCGGAGGCAGCGCGAGGCCGAGAGGGAGGCAGGAGGCAGGGGUCUGGCCCUAGCAGGCUGGGGGGGGUUAGGCGGUGACAGUAUGAACCCUGACCUCUCCUCUUCAGUCGGGCCCCCCCCACACCCCGAGUCAGCGAGAGACUGAGUCCUCCCUGGCC